CUCUUCAUUCGUUUUUAUCCAAUAGACAAUGCUUUGGUGGUUUUAAAAACCACACAUAUGCUUUCUUUGCGACAAUUUGAUUUUUACAAUUGCACCUUUUGAAAUGGACUACAUCUCAUGUAUGCCAUCAGAAUUAAAUGCUUGAUAUCAAUAAUAACCCAAAUCUUCUUGGAUCGAUCCAUGCCCCUGAUGUGAUCUGGUAUAUGUGGUUCUCCUUGAGAGGAGCCAUGGCUGUGCUUCAAAGUGAAACAUUAAAAGGCUGUUUGGUAACGUGUCAUUUACGUAGGCCUAUAAGUUAUUUAAGUUGGUAUUUGGAAUGCAUAUGGGAAAAAAGACGCGUGUGCGUAAACGUUUGGCCUAUUUUAGUUUGAAAUGAGAGUUUAUGCAGUGAGAGACUGAACCUCCAGCGGGUCUGUCAGGCUGAUCCACCAUGGAGACUGCUCGCAUACCAGCCUCCAUUAGGUAUACACACACUUGUCCCCAUAUAGUGCACACAUGACAGCUUUAGUAGACUGAUAUCAAAUCUAAAUCCCGGGUGUUCGGGCUGCUUAAUGCCAUGUGCUGUGCGCUCACGGCUGAGUUUGUAGGAGGUUUAUAUCAGGCGCCAUCUGUUGGAAAUGAGGAUAAUAUGCGAGGGUCCCAUAAUAAAUCCGAGUUUGUCAUGUUUGGAUAGGCUACACGAUAGAAGCUAUAGACCUGGAAAGUCAUAUGCCUUUCUUGCAUGUGUCAAGACGUGUCUAUAAAAGGCCGAGUUAAAAUACAUCUGCAUGUAAUAUUUAUAAUAUGUGUUGCAUCUUUAUUAUCCUCGUUGCCAGCAUCGAUAACUGAAGCUCUUGAUGAAUUAUCGAUUAGGAAAUCAGGAAAACCGCAACACUUUCCCAUAUUGGGCCAUCAUUUAAAGCUGGGUGUUGUUUUCAAACAACAUUUUUAUUCGACUUUAUAAAAUAGGCUGCAAUAUUUUGGAGGGCUGUUUUGGAGUCUCAGUCUGUGGGAGUUUAUUAAAAUAUAAGGUCCCUUAACUCAGAAUUGAAGCAUGUCAAUGUUCAUUUGAAUACAUGUGGCCGACCUGACACAUGACGGGCGCAACAGGUGACACAGGCUGGCCACUUGGCCUGUUUCCAGUCACUCCUAUAGACCAGGCCUGAAGCUCUGCCCCCACUAAUUCUACCACACGCUCGCUAAGGGCAACGGACCCCAUGCAUUCGAUGGAAUAAUUUUAUGAGGAAAUGUUUGAUUUGUCUUCGUUUAUACAUUAUUUAGGCUAUAGCUCUUAAAUAACGCUGGCUUCCCCGCAUCGUUCUGGUCUCUCUUUAGAAUAAUCCAUAACUUCCAAGAUGAAUGGACCUUAACUCUGCUUCCCCAUACCUUCAAUGUUUUAAUAGGCCUAUUUGAAUACAAAUGAAAGCAUUAAGCUUACUAUGGACCUAACCAACCAACCUAUAGCAAGUGUUGACUGACAUGGUGUCGGGAAUGUCUACGUAGGGAUCUAUGUGGAAAACAUAUGAGUUAAAUCUGAAACAAUAAUCAAUAAUUCUACAUUAUUAUUACAUUAUUUAGGUCUUUAUCUACAGUAGGCCUAUGUGAUUAGCUGAUUUAACUAUGUGGAUGGAUGAUUAUUGACUACCUCGGACUACUUUGGCUAUGUCAAGAUAUCUGAACGGGCGCUCAGUUGUGAUUUAUUAUCAUUAUUACUAUUAUUAUUAUUAUUGUUAUUAUUAUCAUGAUGAUGAUUAUGAUGAAAGUUAUACACAGCCCUAUUUUGUAAAGCGUGUAUGCUGCUGCGGUUUAAUGACGCGUGAGGAGAAAGUCUCUGGUCUAUUAUCAGGGAUUUGCACCGCAAAUUGCACGGUUAUUACAGCGUGACAUGGGAUGCUGCUUACAUCUGGCACUGAGGGUAAACACCUUGUUGUGUGGCUCCCGACUAGUCCUCGCUGGGUCGAAGAAAAGCCUGCACGUCGAGAUGUAAUUUGAAACUGAGAAGGGGGUUUUAAGUCUAGAACGACGCUCUGUGAUUGGUUCCCGGCCGCUGAGGGGCACUGGGCUACACACACAUCACCUUCUGAAGGACCAUCGAUUCCCGGUUGGUCGUCGUUGUUCAAAGGACUCGAAUUCGAUUGAAGGACACAAAACGACUUUUAAAGUGGGCAAACAUCGCGAUAUUUAAUUAAAGGGAGAGGAGUGAAGUCCGACCCCGAGCUGGAUGGAUGGUUAUGGGGAAGAGAGCAAGGCUGUCGGCGCUUGAAGUGUGCAACAUCCUCAUCACGAUCCUCUCCCUGUUCCCCGUCGCCAGCCUGCAGUGCAAGAUCCUCAGGUGUAACUCGGACUUCUGGGCCUCCACCUCCAACUCGGCCCGGGAGGAGGAGUUCUGCACGGCGCUGCGGGCGUACAACGGCUGCGUGCGGCGGACCGCCCGCACCUGCCGCGGCGACCUGGCGUACCACUCGGCGCAGCACGGCAUCGAGGACCUCAUGAGCCAGCACAACUGCUCCAAGGAGGGGCCCACCGCGCCGCCCCGGGCCCACACGUCCGCCCCGCCGCCGCCGUCCAAGCCGCCGGCCCCGGACAGCCAGGAGCGCUCCGACGGGCCCGAGGUGUGCCACUACGAGCGCAGCGUCCCCCGGCACGCCCCGCAGCACAACUACACACACUGCGGCUUCUUCGGGGAUCCCCACCUGCGCACCUUCGGCGACGAGUUCCAGACCUGCCGGGUGGAGGGCGCCUGGCCCCUCAUCCACAACAAGUUCCUGUCGGUGCAGGUCACCAACUCGCCCGUGGUCCCCGGGAGCCUGGCCACUGCCACGAGCAAGCUGACCAUCAUCUUCAAGAACUUCCAGGAGUGCGUGGACCAGAAGAUGUACAAGGCCGAGACGGACGAGCUGCCCGCCGCCUUCGCCGACGGCUCCAAGAACGGCGGCGACCGCCACGGCGCCAACACGCUGCGGGUGGUGGAGCGGGUCCCGGGGCAGCACGUGGAGAUCCAGGCGCGCUACAUCGGCACCACCAUCGUGGUGCGGCAGGUGGGCCGCUACCUGACUUUCGCCGUGCGCAUGCCGGAGGAGGUGGUGCACUCUGUGGAGGAGGGCGACAACCAGGACCUGUACCUCUGUCUGCACGGCUGUCCCGCCAACCAGCUCAUAGACUUCAGGACGUUCAGGGCCCGCGCCACCGAGACCCAGGGCAAAGCCCGGGUCCACAGCGGCACCGCGCCGCACGGCUUCACCUACCAGGCGGCCCGGGCCCGCUGCAAAGAGCGCCUCCCGGUGGAGGACGUCUACUUCCAGUCCUGCUUGUUCGACCUGCUCUCCUCGGGCGACAUCAACUUCACCAUGGCGGCCUACUACGCCUUCGAGGACGUCAAGAUGCUCCACUCCAACAGCAAGAGAUACCACCUGUUUGAGAAGGACCCCUUUGUGGGGAACGCGGCCCCCCCGGCGGGGUUGCAUUGGCUGCAGCUCGUCCUGGUCCACUGUCUGACCGUCUAUCUGUGGACGGAGUGCUGCUCGGCCCAGCUCUAGUCCCCCGCCCUCCCGCCGCCCGCGUCGGCUCUGCCGGCGGGUUCAAAGGAGUACCGUCACUGUAUUGUAGAUGAGCUGCGGUGUGAGCUCCGGUUGUUUGACUGGUGACUAGCCAGCCUCAGCACUCAUCCCCGAGUUACAUGUCGUCCUCAUAAGAUGUUUUCUGUCUUGGAUUAUUGUGGUGCCGCCCUCAGCUCCGUGCUCCUCAUCAUCACUCGCUUUUUAAGCUGGUUUACGGCACUGCUAUCUGUUGAAAGGUGGUGGAGGGUGAGGGGGAGCCCUGCUUUCUGGAUAUCCAGCCGAGAUUAAACCUGGCCUCUUCGCUAGGGGGGGUGCCUGCUCAUGGGAAGCCGGACCAGAUGAUCUUCUGCAGAAAGAGGAGUUUGUUGAUCCUUCUCCGCUUAUCCCCUGAUUGGUGCCCGGCCAGGGAAGCUCUCGGGGCUCGUAUUGCUCGGCUCAAAGACCUGAGAAGGCCUUUUGUUAACCUAUGGCCUUGAGCAGCUCUCUGUUUGAUGAGUUUCCAGCUCCCCAAAGCCAGAGCUUUUUGUAGUAAGCGCUGGGCCGACAGGAUGCCAGAGCAGUGUCUCCAGUGGUCUGCUUCAGUGAUUAAUGGUACAUAAAGUGUGCGUUUGUGUGAGUGUUCGCGUGUGUGUGUGUGUGUGUGUGUGUGUGUGUGUGUGUGUGUGUGUGUGUGUGUGUGUGUGUGUGUGUGUGUGUGUGUGUGUGUGUGUGUGUGUGUGUGUGUGUGUGUGUGUGUGUGUGUGUUUGUCUGUGCGUGUGUGCGCGUGUGUGUGUGUGAGAAACCUAGGAUUAAUAUUUGCCGAUAUCGGUUAACUAUGUUUUGUUUAAUGUGUGUAUGCCGUGUUGGUUAUGUAUUAAUUUUGGACAUGAACAAACCUCCUUAAGGAGAUAUAUUUCAUCUAUCUUUCAAUUGCACGCAGAGAGAAAGAUAUCCGGGUCUGUGUUCAAAGAGAGGUCUCAAUAUGCCAAGUGGAAGGGGAUGGACACAGCUUCCAUGGCCACGUCCACCCAGUCAACUCUUGAAGCCCUUUAUGACGUUACGCAUUUGAGGCUUUUUUCAAUUCAUAGGUAAUAAUGAAUGUACUUGGGUAAUGUACAGAAAACACCGAAAAUAAAUGUGCAAUGGACGCAAGAAGUUUAUCUAUUGGAUCAUCAUUUACAUUGCAUAUCUCUUUCAAACUGCCAUUUGUCUGCAGCAGAGGCCAUCUAAGCUGUAUUUAUAAGCGUCCACCAUCAUUUAGACAUUAAUCAUUGGCUCUUGCUCAUUUUCAAACCAGCCAUUUGAUAGAUGAAAAUAAUUCCACUCUUCAAUGAUUUUAAAUGUAUGUUUGGCUACUGGCAUUCAUCUGGGGCUCAGAUUGUUGCAUUACAAUAAGCAUUGGCAAUAACCUCCAAUCACAUACUAAUUGUUGGUUGUCUUCUGAUGAAAUGGUGGUCGGAGAUAGACCAACAAGCUGUUACUGACCGUGACUGUGUUGCACAUCCGGCACAAUAGCUUCGGCUGACUUGAUGCUGGCAGAUGGCGGUUGGCUUUAGGCAGCAACUGUAAGGUUCUUGGUCCUCGUUUUCGCUAGUACAGUUGGAUUGAUGGUAAUGCAUUCUUACACUGAAGUACACAGCAGGUGUGACUACUGCUUUCUCUGUGUGGAUUAGUGCGGUUUGACAAAAAAAGAACACCCACAAAAAAACAAACACAAACCAGUUGAUUGUAAUGUUGAAUCUUGCGUUCAUAGAUGUAGUUUGUAUUGUGCGUUUAUUGUAAAUGGUUCUAUGUGUGUAAUGUGACAGUGUAUAUACGUUUUGCGAAUUGUUAUCAAGUUUGAGUUUGAGUGUUCUAAUGGUUGUGUUGAAUUUAUCACUACAGUCGUGUCUUUUUAAAUGAACAUUUUGUAUAAUGUGAACGUUUUGUUUCAAAAGGGAUUUUGCAAAAACAUGAACACUACAAAACAAAUAUUAAGUGGUAAGAUAAGUAAUACGCAACUAUUCACUUUAAAUAGUAUAACAAAAUAGACGUUUAAUCGCUCGUCUGCAAUUACAUGCAAAAGGUUGAACAUAAGCUACACCUAAUGCAGGCCACUUAUUUAAAAAUGGAAAGGUGGAAUGUCUUUUGAGGUGUUCAUGUUUUUGAGUUAAAAGCACUUUAAGUUGACCAUUUCAUUUAGCUCUUGUUCUGUUUGAACUUCAUUGUGAAUAGUCUGUCAGACUGUAUAUGGCAAAAGUUACACAUUCAAAAGAAAAUAGUCAAAAGAGGCCAUAAAGAUCAAAAUGUUUAGAUGUAAAACUAAAGUAGUGGCUCAUGGCUAUUGUUUAUAAUGUAAAUUAUUUAUUGAAUUAAAUAAAAUGUGUUGUUAAAAGAUUUGUCUCGUGUGGAUGCAUGUUCUUUUUCAGGAUUUGCUGAAGUCACGAUCCACUGCACAUAGACGAAGUUGUACUGCCCCCUGCUGUUUUACUAAAGCAAUCUAAAAUGUGGUUGUUUUUUCAGAAAUUAAGUAGUAUUGCCAGGGCCUGCACUGGCCAUUCUGGUGAGGUAAGGAUUUGGCACCGCCCUCGCCCAGGGGUAGGUAAUUGUAAUGUUAUCAGGGACAGGGCCUCAAUGGACGUCCAACA